AUGGCCACCGACCAUGCUCCCCCUCCACCAGGCACGCCUCCAAGCGAAGUUCCCACGCCCGGGUUCGACAGAAAAUUCGAAUCCACCGAAGAAACAUUCUACUUCUACCACGUCAUCGACACUGAAAAGGCAACGUUGCAAUGCCAGGUUCUCGGGCCCAACGUGUCCAACACCUUCUCCCACACCGGGGCAAUAACGCACUACAAGGCGUCUGACAUUGAAUUCGCUCUCGCCCGCAAAACGGCGGGCUUCCUCGCGCUCCUCCAGCCGGGCACCAGCCCGUCCCGCACGAUCCUCGCAUGGGCGGAGAGCGGCCACGGGCACAACCCCCGCGGGGACUUCCUGGAGCCGAAAUCCUCCGUCCUCUCAAACAGGCGCUGGACGGCGCGCGCCAUGAGGCUCGCCAGGGAAAUUGGCAUCAACAUGGGCCACCCGUACGACCGGCUCACCCUCGGCGGCAAGGUGGGCAUGUUCCGCGCCUCCCACGUGGAGGUGAAGCUCGCCGUCCACGCCGUCUACAUACUGCUCAAGAUGGCCGCGAUGCCUACGGAUCGCGUGACCAAGGCGGAUCUGAAGAGGCUGCGGGGGAGGGCGUGGUGCGGCGGCGCGAGGCCCCGGUUCGAGAUUUACUUUUCCAAGAAGAACUGCCGCGCGUGCGCCCAGUACGUCCGGCGGCUGGAGGAACUGACAGGCGCGGAGAUUACGCUCUGUUGGAAGGAGAGGCUGGUCAAGAUUGAGUAUCCCAAGAGCAAGAUGGGGUCGGUGGAAGAUGCCCAGAGGGAGGUCAUACCCGUGGAGGGCUCGGAGAGCGAGGAACAGGCACAGGCACAGGAGCAGGAGGACGUGAAUGAGAUGCCGAUGGUGGAUCUUACGGACGACACGGACGAUGUUGGGUCGCAGGAGGUGUCCGAGGUGGUUGAGGUGACGCCCGAGCCGUUGGGCGUAUAUGUGAACGGUCUCGCGUAUUGCGUCGGCCAGAUGGGGGACCGAGGCAGAGUCAUGCGCGCGGUUGUAGGCCUGGCCAAGAUCUGGAAGAGACAAACUGCCACGAGGGCAAGCAUGCGACGACGGCCUCAAAACAGCGUCAGCGGCGGGGAGCCGACGACGGGGAGAAGGAGGGCUUGGCUUGCGACGCCGCCCGCCUCGAAUGUACCGGUGCAAACGCAAGGCACGGCACGGGCUGGGUUGGAGAGCCGCGGUGCCGAGAAUGAAGAUGCAGUCGUCGGAGAAACAUGGCCGCGACAGUAUUCCUUCGUUUGCAGAGACAAGAUGUCGCUAGGUAGAUGA